CUUUUAACUGUAGAGUCAGUCAGUAUUGCAUUUUGAAAGUGUUUUUCUCUCUCUCUGUUUAACAGUGAAGUCACAGUCUGUCUGUAUGUUUGGUGUCUGUUAUUGUGGUGUCUGUUGUUGACAUGUCUUUGAAAAUCAAUGUCUUUAUUGAUGUUAAAUAAACAACAAAACAAAUAAAACUCUUUGAAAACACAACAUUAUAUAUAAUAUAAAUGGCUUAAAAAAAAAAUAAUUAAUUAAUAAAUAAAUAUCAUAUAGUUUUUUCUUGGGAUCAGCUCUGAGAUCCAAGAGUUUGUUGUCGUUGUUGUUGGUGUUGUUGUCUGCAAUCACUGACCACUGAAUAUAUCAUUUUAUUUUUAAUUAUCAUAUAAUAUACUUCCCAUUGAAUGCAAACCAACGGUGUUAUGGGUGACACCAGUCGUCCACAAAUCAAUGUCCACAAUAACCCGCCGCCGCCAGACCUGCCGUUACCCGAUCUGAUCGGUUCUACCGAUAUAUUAACCGAUGAAAGACGCAAAAAGCUGUGCAGACACCUUCCCGCCCGAGCCGAAGGCUACUCGUGGACACUGAUCUACAGUUCGGCAAAACACGGGUUCAGUUUGAAGACAUUGUAUCGCGAAAUGAACAAAUUCGAGAGCCCUGUCCUCAUGAUUAUCGAAGAUACCUACGGAUCGAUAUUCGGUGCACUGAUAUCCUGUUCACUUCGUGUCAGUGACCACUUCUACGGUACGGGCGAAACAUUUUUGUUUACUUUCGGUACCGAUUCAUCGCAGCUACUGGUCUAUCCGUGGACCGGCGAGAAUCUAUUCUUUGUUAAGGGCGACCAAAAUAGCCUAUCGCUGGGCGCUGGCGACGGUAACUUUGGUCUCUGGCUGGACGGCGACCUAUUCCAUGGCCGAUCUCAUCCGUGCAAAACGUUUGGCAAUUCUAUGCUAUCGCUUGAAGAAGAUUUUGUGGUCAAAGCACUGGAGUGUUGGGCUUUUGUCUGAGAUGUUGAUGGACUAACUAAUCACUAAACUACUAACUAAACUCUUCAUCAACAAAAAAAAAGAUAACAAAAAAACUAAUUUUCUGACAUUUUUUUCAAAACAAAAAAUGCAUUUCACACACGAAUCCCAUUAAUGUUUUUAUUUGAUUUUUAAACACAACAACAAAAAAAUCUCUUAUAUAUUUAUAUACAUAUAUUAAUAAUAUACAGACAGAGGAAUCUAUAUAUAAAUAUUAUUAUUUUUUUAUAACUAGUAUUGUAUUUGAUUCCGAGCGCUACCAUUAUAUUAGGGGAUAUAAACAAAAGCAAACAAAACUAAAUAAGAGAUUAUUAAAAGAAACUAAUUGUUAUUAUUAUUAUUAUCAUUAU